AUGGUGUCCGCCGUGGACAGUCCGCUGCUCUCACACGUCCUCCUCUCACACGUCCUCCUCUCACACGUCCUCCUCUUGCCGCUCGUCACCUGCGCUUGCAUCAGGAGCAGAGUGGGGACAUCCGCCGUGUCGUCAAAGGCAGAGGGAGCGCGGCCGCCUCAUCGUGUCUCCGUGACUGAACGCAGGGCUGUAGAAUGUGUGGCGAGGGGGGGGGUCUUCUUUGCCUCUCCACCCGCAGCACUGACGCACGCGCUCCGUCCAACUCCAGACGCAGCCGUCACGCACACUCUCCCGUGUGUUUGUGCAGAGCCCUGCCCUGGAGCUGCACGUCAUGACCGGUGA